AAGCGUGUUGAUAAGCCGCAAGAGUAGAAGCAGACACGUUCUGGCUGAUAAGAAAGCAUCCAGAUGUCGAUAGAUUUCUCCAAAUAUGCCACUCAAAACCAUCCACGGAUAAUAACCCCAAAGCCACACCACCACAGCCAAGACAUUUUGGAAACGCAUGAAAUGCUUAAAAGUGUAUUUUCCUUUCGCGUCGGCAUGUCAAGUGUAUGUUUACGAAAUGGACCAAUGGCUAUAUUAAAAGGGGGCGUUGGUCACUAUAAUAAGGCAAGUGACGCCGGUGGAAUGAUAACGAUAACACGCAUUACAAGGAAAUUGUCAGCGCAGUCUGAUUAGGCUUAUCUACCCGCCAUUAUCAAAAUUUGGGGCACAAAAUUUUUCUCAAUCGAAGGCAAUAUUUUGCAGUGCGUUAUUUGCACUAGCGUACAACUCUUUAUACGUGAGGUUUAUUCCAUUUUCUGCGAUCAGAACCUGGGUCCAGAAUUUUCAAGGCCAGCCGCGGUCGUGGUCACUUCCUUGUGCGCAGACGGCACUGCUCCCUGUACUGUCCCCGCGAUAAUGAAUUAGCCAGCAGUCAAAAGCACUCAGAGCCUCUUUUCGCCGUGGAUGCCCCAGUGAAAAGAUUGUGGACACCGCAAAGAGCGCACGAUGAUCGUUUGAAGAAUAGUUAGAGGAGAGGAAAGACGGGCCUCGCGGGCAAAUGGCAUUGCAUGGAGGAUUAAAAUCGGCUCUGACCGUCGACGCUCUUGAUGCAUGCUGAUGAGUGGAGUCGCGCCAGCCGCGGUCAGUUGCAUAUACAGUUGAGAGAGAAGCCACAGCUGCAGCCGUUCUAUCUGUCCAUCACGCACAUAUAUAUACACAGUCCAAAUUCCUGCAUUUCUUAUUUCCACUUUGUUUUGCCAACGAUUGGAAAGAUCUCUGUCUCUUCAGACCCGCUCGUCGUGAUAAUAUUUUAUGCGCUGCAGAUUACAGCUCAUGGAUUUGAAUAAAUAUUUUUCCAUUUUCAUCCGCUUAAUCGAUAGAUGUGACGGAACGCGAUGAAUCGAUGAUCCUGUGAAGAAUCUACAGUUUAUUUACCACUGCCGGAAUUCGGUCGACUUUCCUCGACUUUUACGUCAGCGUUUUGCCAGUCUAAUUUCCCCUUCUUUCGUUAUCAAUUCGUACGAUAUUUUUCCGGUCAUAUUUAUUGCGGUCAGACCACUUGAAUGGUAACCAUUCUGUGAUUGUACGCGUGGAUGUCAAUUAUCGUUCAACGCGGACAAUCGGCCGCAUUUUUUUAUCAGUGGAGAUUAAUUGUUGAUCUGCACAUACGAUACAUGGCUGUUUAGUUGAUUGUUAUGGCGGUGAUAAUGGUGCCAGGAGAACAGUGAAGGAGUUCCGUGGAAGAUUGUUAUUGCCAGUAUUAUAUUCUGUCUGGUGGCCGCUGAAGAACGCGCACCGCGCAAAAGAAUAUCCCGGCCUGUGCAGAAAGAAAACUGUCUGGGCAUUUUGCAGAUCAUAAAUCGUCCGGCCGCGUUCUACUAUCCUCUCGCCAGUGAUAAUUAUUCUUCCUUUGUGAUUGUUCUGCACAGCCACUAAAUCACCGAGAAUUGCCAUUAAAACAACAGCCAGCAUCACGUUCAGUGUCCGUAAUUAGAUUUAUGCGCUGCUGAUUGGGAUUUUUAGUGUUGUGGACCGUUGGUCAGCACAAGCCAAUAUAAACCAGCCUCCUUGAAAUGGAAAAGGCCAAAGUUGACGCCGGGCCUACCCGCAAUCACCACACGCUCAAUGGACUAACGGACAGUGUCCGCCCUGUGAAUAGAGCCAUCCAUCGCGCAUCAACACGCAUCCACUUCCUGCCGCAUACUGUGCUCAUGCUCCUCAUCAGCCUACUGCAUCUUCCCAUGCAUGCCGCCCAGGCCGAGCAGCCACCGCCGCCCGUUGGCCCGGCCGUGGCCAGCAGUGAAGCGCAGAUUAUCUUCCGUGAAUGGGAUCUCCAGUCGCAUCAGACCUGCCAACCGAUCCCGGAGAAAUCCGGCUGCCGGGUGAUGCCCUACAACGCUACCACCACGCCGAAUUUGGUGGGGCAGUAUGAUUCGCGGGAAGCCGAACAGUCGCUGGACUCGUACAGUCUGCUGGUGAAGAACGGUUGUUCGCCGCAUUUGAAGUUUUUCCUGUGUGCUACUUAUUUUCCCAUGUGCACUACGGUGCCGCCGGUGGAUACGGUUAUUAUUAUUCCACCAUGCAGGGCGUUAUGUUUGGCCGUGCAAGAGAAAUGUCUGCCGGUGAUGCAGGAGUUUGGCUACCCGUGGCCGUCCGCGCUGGACUGCGACAAAUUCCCGGAAGCCAACCGCAAGGACCAGAUGUGCAUGCCGGGCCCGAUUGAAAACGUCCGCCAAUCUUCUCCCAAACCCCGCUCCUCCAGACCGCCGCCGACCUCUCCCGCCCCGCCCGCACCUCCCGACAGCCUCGUCUGUCAUCCCCAUUCCGCGUUCAUUCGCCUAAACGCGUCGCGCGCCUGUGCCUUCGACUGCGACGCCAAUUUCAUCACCACUGAGGAGGACAAACUCACCACCGACAUUCUCCACGGUGUCGUCGCAUCCUUCGCGAUCCUCCUGGGAGGGGCGGUCUUCGGGGUGCUGUGCUGUGCGGCCGUCCGUCUCGGUCCGCUGGAGAAACCGGUUGGCUGGGUGGUGGUGUGUACCAUGGUCAUGUCGACGGGGUAUCUGGUGCGACUGAUUGGGGGACGGUUCCUGAUGGGCUGCACCAUGGAUGAGGAGCAUGGGCGGGCGUACGUGAUUGUCGAUGGGGUACUGGAGGUGAAAGGCUGCAUCGCCGUGUUCAUCCUGCUGUACUAUUUCGGGAUGGCCGCCAGUCUGUGGUGGCUGGUGAUGACGCUGGCCUUCUGGAUGUCCUCCGGAAAGGACGGAAAGGUCCGGGAGAAUCCGGGCUAUAUGAAAGUGGCGCAUCCGGCUGUGUGGCUGACUUCUGCGGCUCCCACCGUUACUGCACUUGUCGGAAAAUAUGUCGAUGCCGAUGAAUUAUCGGCAACAUGCUCCGUGGGCCAGCAGAACCCGCAAGCUCUCCUCUGGCUCCACCUCUUCCCUUUAUGUCUUAUCACGCUCCUGGGCAUUGUCGCCCUGACCCGCGGCGCCAUCCUGCGCCGGCAGCACGCCCUCUCCGACACCAAAAGCAUGAAGACCACCUCCUCCGACACCGGCACCUGCAGCCUCUCCUCCAAACGCCCAUCCCGCCGCCAUCACCAACUCAGCGACCACUUCCUCCUGCCGAAAUGCGCCGUCUUCUUCCCCUCGGCGGUUAUCGUCAUCAUACUCUACAGCGUCGAAUACUUCCACCGCGACACGUGGACAGCGCCCGGCGUCCACGGCCUGCCGGUGGUGUACUACUUAACGCGGGUGCUGAUGCAGUACGCCUUCGGGAUCACACUGUCCAUCUGGACGAUUAUGGCGGCGCUGACGCCGCGGGUCUGUGGGACCGUGGUGAAGAAGCCGCUGCCUAAUCAAGCGGUUCUGCCGCCGCACUACGCCAAUGUCCCGCCGUUCCCGCAUGUGCCGGACAUGAAGGGGGAUUUUACGCGGGUGACGUUGUACGAGAGUAGUUUCCAUCCGUCCAGCAAUGAUUAUGCGUCGGUUAAUAUGCGGGUCCCGGCGCCCACGGAGGUCUCCUAUCCGCCCAGUGUGUCGACGGCGUACCAUAGUGUGGGACAUCUGCACAAUAAUAAACUGGCGGCACAGCAGCAGAAUCUGUUUGCCACGCAGGAUAUGGGCAGGAAGUCCAUGGUGUCCUCGACGCUCAAAGACGGGAGACACGAUUUCGUAUAAAAUUCUCGCGGGAUGUUCCGUGUGCCGAUCGAUAUGUACAGAUUUCGCACCGCUAUUUAAUUGUUGUGCUUUAAAGACGUGUGGAUUUAUCUACUCUGUCACAAUAACUCUGAUUUGCAUUUACUUAAAAGUUGCUCGAUAUGAUGUGUAUAGUUCUUUAUUUUUUUAUGAUUUACCGUACAUGUACUGUAAAAUAUCAUUGAUAAAAUAAACGCAGAAUUUUGCCAGGAACUGAAA